AUGGCCUCCCCUUUGUCUACUAGGAGCCAUAGCGGCAUGAACCAACGGUUCAGUCUCUUGAACCCGAACGCCCAGUCCUUCUGGCCUGAACAGAAGGUAAUAUUCCCCACAAUCAUAGGCAGCUUCUCCCACCCUCCACCGCUUCCGCUCCUGCCAUCUCCGUUUCAGUCGUGGCAACCGGUAGUUUCCAGAUUCUACGACCUUUCCACUUAUGGGUAUCCUUUAGAAUUAGCCGGCCCUUAUGGAUCGUACGGAUCAGUACUCUACGAUACUUGCUCACAGCCUCAGCCUGUUUAUGAGGUUUCAGAUUCUGUUGGCUGUUUCGGGAACGAUUGUGAGGUUGAAACGGUGGCGGAGAAGUUGAGGGGUCUCGUGUUGCAUGAAACAGCUUUUGGUUGUGGGGCGAAGAUGGAUAAAAGACCAAGGGGGCGGCUGCUUAGACCGAGAUUUUCACGUGGAAAGCCCACUGUGAGUCUCAGAGGGAAAUUAUGGAUGCCCAAGAAGGGGCUAAAAAACUCCGACAUGUGCGCGUCCGAUGGUAACAGUGUUCGCGGUGUUGGUGUGUCGAGAUCGGCAAGCAAGGACAUGGACGACCAAUUUAAGAGGGGUGCUUCGUAUAAGAAGAGCGGUGGUCUUGGUCGCAUUAUUCCCUUCCCUGGCAUGGUGGAAGAAGUCGUAAGCACUGACAGAACCACUGUCAUGAUCAAGAACAUCCCCAACCAGUUUAAAAGGGAUGACCUGAUUGCUAUACUAGACAAGCAUUGUGAGGAUGAGAACAUUAAAUCAGAGUCGCGUACGUGCAAGUCCGCGUACGAUUUUGUCUACUUGCCGAUGGAUUUCAUGAAAUCUUGGUAUCAGCGUAAGAUUUCGAAUUUGGGGUACGCUUUUGUGAAUUUCACAAACGCUGUUGCUGCGUUCAAAUUCUUCAACUCCUUCCACAAACAUGUAUGGAUGGUACCGGAGAACAGCAAAACUUGUGAAGUUACUCUUGCUGAGCUUCAGGGGAAAGAAGCCCUAAUAAACAGUUUCAAGAACCGACUUUUCUGGUGUGACCGUCAUUCGUUCCUGCCUGUGGUUUUAGACCCUCCGAGGGACGGUUCGAACGACAGCGUGGCUACUACCGUUGGCGUGCUGGUAGCACGCGUACCCCCGAGACGCCUCAGGAAGUGUUCCUGA